GUAUGCGUCCUCGUCAUGCCACUGAGUUCCACAAGUUCCUCGGGCACUUCUGGUUCAACCGGGUCUAGACAGUCUUUUAGUCAAAUGGCGGGCUCGCAGUUCAGCCCGUUGACCCCACGUGAGAGGGAGCUCAGAGAGACCCAGCAGGUCGAGAGGCUCCGCCAGCAGUUAGAAGAGGAUCUGAAGAAAGCAACCGAUAGAGAAAGAGAGAUAAAAAGUAGAGCGACCAGACUUGAUACGUUAGAGGAUGACAAGGCUGCGUUAGAGGGAUUGGACGAAACGGGUUUGUCUGACCCCCUUAAAGUGUUGAAGAACAACAUGUUGUCAUUGCAUGCGCACGUGGACAGCAGGUUGGACUUCAUGCAGAGCACUUUGGACCAGAUCCUGGAUGCAUUGACAAGGCCAGGAUUCCGGCCACCAGCACAAUCGUCGUUGUCGUUAACGGCGAUGUUAGGCCCCUUUCUCGUACAAGUUGGCACCCAGCCAAGUGGUACGUCUGCAGCAGUCUCACAGACUGUUGCAUCUUCUUCUUCGGGUCCAGCGGUGAUUGCUACAUCACCACAACAACCUGUUCAGCAAUCUAGACAACCGCAAGGUCAAUGGUAUCCCAAGACCCCAAUGAAACCGCCUCUUGCCUUCUCAGGCGAGAGAAAGGAUGAGGAACUCAACACAUGGUUGAGGACGGUCCCGGUUUGGGUGAAGGCCAAAAGGACCUUGCUUGAGGACGAAGUGGUAACUGCGACAUCUUACCUAGAGGGUAAGGCAACCAAGUGGCUAGAUGGUGUAGUUGUGAAGGCCGGGUACGGGCGACGCAUGGCGGACUGGGCUAAGUCUUUGACUUUAGACCAAUUCAUGGAAAUGGUAGAAGCUCGAUGGCAUAAUCCACAGGAGGCGCAAAGGGCCACUGAUGCCAUUAACAAACUGGACCAACGCAAGCUUAGGUCAGUUAGAGAGCUUACGACUACCGUUGAGAGCCUGAUCCUCGUCCCAGGUAUCAACUAUAGCGACCAGUUCCUGUUAACAACGUUUGUUAGAUGUCUCCCUGAGAACGUCAGGAACUUACUAGCCAGUGAGGCACGCACCGAGUACCACUCGUUUGAGACAUUGUCUAGGAAAGCUUUAGACUUGGAGGCCACGCUAGGCAAUGCUCAACCCACCUCAGGGAAUGACUCAAAGAAGAAGAAGAGUCCUCAGGAGUGGAAGAAGAAGGGGGGGAAGUUGAUGAUGGUGGAGUCUGAUGGGACUCGAACAGAGAUCGACGAGCUCUCUGACCUAAUGGACUACAUAGAGUUUGACGGCGAGGAGAUAGCUGAGGGUAGCACCCUCGCCGCUCGCCGCGAUAAGUUUGUCGUGGUCUACUUAGACGACAUUCUGAUCUUUAGUAAGUCUGCCGAGGAGCACGCAAAGCACAUUGAGACAGUUCUCUCACUCCUACGACAACACAAGUAUAAGGUCAACUUAGAGAAGUGUGAGUUCGGUCGCACUAAGAUACUAUACUUGGGUCAUGAAGUAUCCGCGGAGGGAAUUAGGUCGGUUGAUGCGAAGGUGGCUAGUAUUCGAGACUGGCCACGACCUCAGACAGUCAUUGAGGUCAGGUCAUUCUUAGGAAUGUGCGGCUACUAUAGAAACUUCGCUAAGAACUAUUCUACAGUCGCCUCUCCUUUGACUGAUCUAACUCGACUUGACACACCGUGGGACUGGAGUGAUGAGUACGAGGGUGCUUUCAAGAGAUUGAAGCAUGCACUCAUGAAUCAUGAAGUUCUCAUGGUUCCCGAUCCGCAGAAGCCAUUCAUAGUGACCACUGACGCAAGCCAAUACGGCAUUGGCGCAGUGCUGGCUCAGCAGGAUGGGGAAAACUUGAGACCGAUUGAGCACAUGAGUAAGAAGAUGCCAUCGAAGAAGUUGGCUAAGUCCACCUACGAAAGGGAACUCUAUGCUCUCUACAAGGCACUUGUCCAUUGGAGACACUUCCUUUUGGGAAGAUUCUUCUAUCUGAGGACUGAUCAUCAGACCCUCAAAUGGAUCAAGACUCAACCGRCUCUUUCUGAUGCACUCAAGCGAUGGAUUGAGGUCAUAGACCAAUAUGACUUCAAGCUUGAGUACCUGAAGGGAGAGUACAACAAGGUUGCAGACGUGUUAUCCCGUAGAGCAGACUACCUAGGUGCGCUAGUUUCUGACUUCGGCGUAUCUAAUGAAGUAACUCAAUCAUUGGUGGGAGCCUAUCAGGAAGACCCUGUCACGAUGGACAUCAUUCGCAAGCUUCAGGCAAAAGACAAGGCCACGGAAAGUGAGUUUGUCAUGGUGGACAAGUUACUCUAUCUUGAUAAGGCAGGAAUAAAAAGGUUAGAAGUUCCAUCUAGUGAACCCUUGCGUAGUUUGUUUUUAGGCGAAUGCCAUGACGCAACUGGACACUUUGGCUACAAGAAGACGAGUGCUAACUUAGUACAGCGAUUUUGGUGGCCUGGUAUGUUUGAUGAUGCAAAGAAGUAUGUAAAGACCUGUCAGGUCUGUCAGCGGGAUAAGCCGCGAACUCAAGCACCGCUUGGGUUGUUGAAGCCUUUGCCUAUCCCUGCUGGUCCAGGACAGAGUGUCUCCAUGGAUUUCAUGGACACCCUGGUGACUAGUAAGAGUGGGAAGAGGCACAUCUUCGUCAUCAUCAUCCGAUUCACCAAGUACGCUAGACUAGUGGCUAUGCCAGAGACCGCAAGAACUGACUUCGUCAUCAAGUUGUUCAAAGACAAUCGUUAGUGACCGAGCGAUUCACAAGUGAACUGUGGAAGAAGACUGCAGAACAGAUGGGCAGUCAACUUCAAAUGACUUCAGGGAAUCAUCCUGAAGCCAACGGACAAGCCAAACAAAUGAACAGAGUUGUA